UGAUAACCUGAGACGCCAAAAGACAGUCAACUAUCGAUAGUCGAUAGUCGCGCAGAAACAUAUGAUUUCAUGUAAUCAGUUUGCUUUUGCCGGUUUCAACGAAUUGCGCAAAAUGUUGAAGGUGCGGAGCAUUUGUUUGCUGUCCAGGAGGUGGAAGAGCGGCGCCAAGAAGCGAUGGAAUGUGCUGCAGAACCGGAAGAACAACUGCGACCGGGCGCUGGAGAACUUUGAUGACUUCUACGGCAGUGUCUACGGCAGCAGGUGGAAGAACAUGCGGGCGGCGCUGCUCACGAGGCACAAGUACGUCGCCCUGGUGAACAAUUUCGGGGACACGGAGCAGACGUGCGGCAUGCUGGAGUCAGAUGGAGCCAUCAACAUGAAGUCCCUGAUCAACCUGGCACAGGAUCGCCUCAAGGCCAGCACGGAGACGGUGCCGGAACAGGGCAAAUCCCGCCAUGAAAUCGAGGGCAAACUGGAUGCACUGCUGCGGAAACAGCAGGAACGCGAGGUGGCCUCUAUAUACCCGAGUUCGCCGGAGGAUGGUGCAUCUGCGCAGCUUCCGCUGGAACUGAAGUUUGACAACAUUCAGGAAACGCAACUUCAGCAAACGGAGCAAGUGAAUAAUCCCUUUAAACAAAGUCUGACGAAGGCUUUGGAGGAGGAUGUGAAGCUGGACGAGCAUCGCCUGGUGGAUCCCCAGUUCGGCACAGGCGGACUGUACGAGUACAUGCCCGCCCACAGCAUCAAGGGCAUGGAGGACUGGGUGGCCGAGUCGGAGCACUACAAGUACUACCAAACCAGUGCCGAUUUCCCACUCACCAUUGAGCCGGAGGACUCUUUUCACUACCCCGAGCAUUUAUCCCUGUACACAUAUGAAAUGGGCAACUGUUCGGAUUUCAAGGGACCCAAGAAGUGCAUAACCGGUGUACUCUCCCACUUCAUGAUGGAUGGUGCCUCGACUUUGCCGCCCCUUUUCCUGCAGGUGCAGCCUGGUGAGCGUGUGCUCGAUGCCUGUGCCUCUCCAGGCGGUAAGUCCCUGCUCAUGCUGCAGACGCUGCACUUGGAUCACCUGGUCUGCAAUGACAUCCAAGAGUCCCGUCUAAAUAAGCUGCGCAAGGUGAUGCAGGAGUACCUGUUCGACUACAAGGAGCGCUGGGCGGGCAAGCGUCUGAUCUUCAGCCAGAGUGAUGCCCGCAAUCUGGACCAGUAUGAGCAGUUCGACAAGAUCCUGGUCGACGUGCCCUGCACCACGGAUCGCCAUGUGCUCAACGAGCAGGACAACAAUAUCUUCAAGCCGACGCGCGUAAAGGAGCGCCUGCGGAUCCCAGAGCUCCAGGCAGGCAUCCUGGCCAACUGCUUGCGUCUCCUGCGACCCGGUGGCAGUUUGGUUUACUCCACCUGCUCGUUGUCGCCCAUCCAGAACGAUGGUGUUGUACACAUGGCCCUGCAAAAGGUUUUCACGGAGUACGGCAUCACAGCCACCAUCAAGGAUCUGAGUCGGCACACGGCGCUCUUCAGCGAUGUCUUCAAGUUCGAGCACCCAAAGGGACUCAAGUACGGACAAAUGGUGGUGCCCUACUUGCCGGCCAACUUUGGACCCAUGUACUUUAGUAAAAUAACCAGAAAUGAGUGAUUGAGAGGUACACUAAACAUGGAAGUUGUCUAGAGAUUGGUCGGAUUGUUAAGACUAUAUAGCUGUUGCCCCAAUAAAUAAUUAGAGUUGUAUAUUAAAAAG